AUGUCCACACAGGCCCCACUUCUCCAGCUUGUCCAGGUUCCUGGGCUCUCCAGAUGCUCCUCCAUGCUCGAUUUCCUCCAGGGCAAGAAGGUUAGAAAAGUCCAUUUGCCCUGGUCAGGCACCCCAACUCACUACCACAGCCGGGAGUGCCACGGUCCUGCCCUGUGGGUUCCUGCUUCCAGUCUGCCCACGUGCACAUGGAGCUGCUCCUGCUCUUCAAAGGUAUUCAGGAGGUGGUCAGUGGCUGUCAUGCCCCAAGAAUGUCUCCAUUUCCCAGCUCUGAAAAUCUCCUUUCCAGACGUGCCCUGGGAGGUCACGGUCAACAUGGGGAAAUGCUUUGAACCAACCUACACUGAUGGACUUUUCUGCCUGCCCACAAAGUUCAACACUGUGCUGGUCAGACCACCACAAGGCAGGCAGGUGGUUUGGACGCUGGAGAGAUGUGAAAUGAAGGAGAAAUGCUAUCGUGCUUCCCAGAUGGAAUAUUAUUAUGAAAUUGUGUCUGGGUCUGUGGGAUGCAGGGAGGAACAGAUCAAGGGUGGUUUCCUGCAGCUCGAUGUCCUCGCUGGUGGGUUCUGCUGUGCUGCUGGGCCGGUUUGCACAGCCGGGUGGAUGCUCUGACGU